UCCAACACCAACGGGUUAAUUGCUUCUCGAUUUCCUUCAGUCGCUCCUGCUGCUACUUUCAGCCAGGAGUUGCAUUCCGCGGGUCAAGCUGAAACCAUUUCAGCUUCUGCAAACUCGCAUUGCUCUGCUCGCGUCAGAACAGCCUUGGGCUUUGUUCGUGCCGAGCAAGAAGCUCUGAGUCCCCGCUGGGCCUUGUGCUAGCCUCGUCGUAACGUAAUCGCGUGACGACCUCUUUGUGGUCAAUUCAGAUCCUAAAAUCAUGUUGACAAUCUUCCACAAGGGUGUGGCUCCUAGCCAACCCGCUCUCGACUGUGCUCUCGCUGACGCGGCGGAUCCGAGUAAAGUUCACUCUGGGAGUGAGGCUCUCGGGGAGUUUCUGAAGAGCCAUCCGUCAGCUACAGUGCUGCAUUUCGACGACAACCUCGAGAUUGCCUUAACAGGAGACGGUGGCAGACAAUUUGCUUCUUGCGACGACAUCUUCUGCACCUUCAUCGGCAAUCUCGAGAACCUCGCGCAAAUGCGGGUAGCGUACGGCCUCACCCGGUACCGAAUCUCUGAGGCCGCGUUCGUGAUCGAGGUGUACAAAACCCUCCGAGACCGAGCUCCGUGCACCGUUGAACACGCCCUCUCGGAGUUCCGGGGUCCGUUUUCGUUUGUCCUGUACGACCAGAAGCAGAAGAAGGUGUUUGUCGCUCAGGACGCGUAUGGGAAGCGGCCGUUGUACUGGGGACUCUGCAAAGACUCGGUUCUGGCGAUUGCUGAUAAGAGUGACGCGCUGAGGAAGCACUGUGGACGCUCCUUCGCUCCCUUUCCCAAGGGUUGCUAUUUCUCCACGGCUGCCGGGUUGAACAGUUACGAGCACCCGGACCGCAUGCUGAAGGCGGUGCCGCACAUCGACAGCCAAGGCCAGCUGUGCGGCUCCAACUUCGUGGUAGACCAGAAGAUGCGCUACAGACAAAUGUCGCAAGUGGGCAGCGAGUGCGAUCUGACUGCCAUCUAAUCCGGGCUUUAAUCGGGGCUUUAAUCGGGGAUUUGAUCCAGGCUGGAAUGCUGCUGGUGCUGGAUCUAUAUAUGCUUCGCCAGUGAUUGGUUAAAGGGGCCAUCCCGUAGGUUGAGGGUGCUAUGGCUCAUCUGGUGUGCGAUUUUUAGGGAGCAUUGUCUUCCCCAGCAGCACACCUUGUAAAUCUGGAGUGUGUGUGAUAAGUGUCUUUGCUUAUUCAAGUACUGUACAUGUGUCUUUCAGAAACCAUGGAGGCAUGCAGGUGUUC